AUGGACGGUCAAGAAACGCUGUCUCAGGCCAUGGACUUGAUGCUAAAGGCUAGUCCAAAAACCACUCGCAUCAAGGUGCGCCCAAAUUCUCUUAAAGAACGUCUUGAGCUCACUGGAGGAUUCUCCAAGCAUGUUCGCACGGUAGCGCCCGGGGCCAGAUCUACAGGGGCUAGUGUGGACAAUCUGCACCUGAUUGAUGCAGGUCUGGGAAUGGCCAUGGGAGAAUCUACGGCGAAAAGAAAGAUCUGGGCUGACGGUCUGGAGGCUCGGGGCUUAAGCGAAGUCGAGUUCGGCGACGAGACGGAUUUCGUCGGCGAAAGCCGAGAACGUGGUAUGCACCUGCUAGCCAUAUCCGAUACAAGGGAAGACCUCGUCUUGCACUUCGACAAUGUUUAUUCCGCAUGCGCUCCAAGUCCUAGCCCUAGUUUUAUCUACGGCGCUAACGAGGAUACGUUCAAUACCCCUCACGCAGUCGAUUCACCUGAAAUCGAACUCGUCCGUUGGAGUUCACAUGCAGAUCUUGCGCACGGUAAACCAGCGUCAGACAGCAUACAAGAUGCGGACCAGCCACUCUACCAAACUCUAAUGGAACAACCACACACAACUGCUACAGGUUUAUCUCCCGAGGACUUCCAACCUGACGUCGACGAUCUGGAACGCUAUGCCGCAUCCAUGCCUUCAGAUUCACUCUAUCGGCCCUCUUUCGACGCGACACCAGGCUUGGUUUUGUCAGGCAAUACUCUCUGCCACGACACCGAGGAAGUAUGCUACUCUAACAGGGCUUGGUUCUCUGGAUCCGGCCCGGAACUCGGUGUCACCGCCAGCUGGCUAAUCCAAGGAUCAUCUGACGACACGACUCUAGCUACCCGGAACCCUGUCAGCCACACGUUUACAAGAGCGCCGACGGAAACGCCGCCUCACUGUUUGGGGAAGCACGCUCAGGAAGCUCGGCCGGUGCUGUGA